AUGCCUGAAAUUGUUCACCUUCAAGUCGGCCAGUGUGGCAACCAAGUUGGCACCGCGUUCUGGCAGACGAUCCUAGGCGAACAUGGCCUGGACAACAAUGGACUGUACACGGGUGACUCUCACGUUCAGCUUGACCGUAUAAAUGUCUACUUUAACGAAGCCUCGGAGAAGAAAUAUGUUCCGCGCGCCGUACUCGUCGACCUGGAGCCCGGCACCAUGGAUGCAGUGCGAGCCGGGCCGCUGGGCAGGCUCUUCCGCCCGGAUAACAUUGUUUUCGGACAGUCGUCCGCUGCCAACAACUGGGCCAAGGGCCACUACACCGAGGGCGCAGAGCUGGUUGAGGAGGUGGUUGACGUCGUUCGCCGCGAGUCCGAGAACUGCGACUGUCUCCAGGGCUUCCAAAUCACCCACUCGCUCGGCGGAGGCACCGGCUCUGGAAUGGGCACCCUGUUACUGUCCAAGAUUCGAGAAGAGUUCCCUGAUCGUAUGAUGGCCACAUUCAGCGUGGUGCCCUCUGCUCAAACGUCCGAUACCGUCGUGGAGCCGUACAACACCACUCUGUCGAUUCACCAACUGGUUGAGAACUCGGACGCUACGUUUUGUAUCGACAACCAGGCCCUGUACGAUAUAUGCCGGCGAACCCUCAAACUCCCCAACCCGUCUACCGGCGACCUCAACCAUCUCAUUUCGACAGUCAUGUCUGGCAUUUCUACCUCUUUGCGCUUCCCUGGUCAGCUGAACUCUGAUUUGAGAAAGAUCUGUGUCAACUUGGUUCCGUUUCCGCGUCUUCACUUUUUUAUGGUUGGCUUUGCCCCCCUGACAGCCCGCGGCAGCCACGCAUUCCGAUCUGUCACGGUUCCCGACCUCACGCAGCAGAUGCUCGACCCUCGAAACAUGAUGGCGCAGUCCGACUUUCGUAAUGGCCGUUUCUUGACAUGCUCGGCCAUGUUCCGCGGCAAGCUCUCCGGCAAGGAGGUGGAAGAGCAGAUGCGCAAAGCCCAGGACAAGAACUCUGCCUACUUUGUGGACUGGAUCCCCAACAAUGUUCAGACAUCACUGUGUACCGUCCCGCCAAAGGGACUGAAGAUGGCUUCCACGUUUAUAGGCAACUCUACUGCUAUCCAGGACAUCUUCAAGCGCGUCGGGGACCAGUUUGCCGCCAUGUUCCGCCGCAAGGCAUAUAUCCACUGGUAUAUUGGCGAAGGCAUGGACGAAAUGGAGUUUACCGAGGCCGAGUCUAAUAUGAAUGACUUGAUUUCCGAGUAUCAGCAGUAUCAGGAUGCUACUGCGGCUGAUGACCAAGAGCAAGAACAAGAACAAGCUGAAGGUUGGGAUGAAGCGCCACCGGCUGAGCAUUCGCAUCAAGAGUGA